GUGAGAAAGAGAGGCGUAUACAUCGUCGGCUAUAAAUACGGCGUGGCGCGCGCGUACAUGUUUUAUUAUAGGAUCGUACGUCGAACGACCCGCCGCUCCGCUCUCUUGUAAAAUUUGCAUUUGUGAAAAGUUGUUUUACGUUUACGUACAAUGGCCCGUACCAAGCAGACCGCUCGUAAGUCGACCGGCGGUAAAGCCCCGAGGAAGCAGCUGGCCACCAAGGCCGCUCGCAAGAGUGCGCCCGCCACCGGUGGCGUCAAGAAACCCCAUCGCUACAGGCCCGGUACCGUGGCACUCCGUGAGAUUCGUCGUUACCAGAAGAGCACGGAGCUCUUGAUCCGCAAGUUGCCGUUCCAGCGUCUCGUGCGUGAAAUCGCUCAGGAUUUCAAGACCGAUCUGCGUUUCCAGAGCUCCGCCGUCAUGGCGCUCCAGGAGGCCAGCGAGGCUUACCUGGUGGGCCUCUUCGAGGACACC